AUGGGGAUCCCUUCUACUUUCGAGGAGGUUAAAACUCAUCUGGCUCAAGUCCUGGACAGCCCAUCCACAGCCUUGAACAUCCCUCUUAUCGAAACCCUCAAACUACAACUGUCCGACUCAACAGAUCCAGUGGUUCCUAUCACCCUACUAUCGCAAAUCCCAGCUCUCUUGGCCGUCUUACAAGAGGAUCCCACGCCUAUAACCACUCUUGCCAUCCAGGCAACUGCCUCCUUCACCUUCACUGAUCUUCAAUCCAUUGAGCCGCCUAUCAAUCUUCUCGCUGGCCUCCAGGCCCCCUCGCCACCGGUCAAUCUUCUCGCCCUUUCACUGUUGUCUAAAGCUGCACAGACCUCCAGUGAAGCUGCUAUUGUCGCCGGAGACUCGACUUUAGUAGCUGCUCUUGUGGAAACAUCUUUGCUGAACGCCUCAGGAGAAGUCGCAGACGCUGCGUCAAACACGCUGUGGGAACUUUUGAAGGUCGAUGCGGCUACCAACCUUGAGAAUGAAGACAAUGGUCAUGCUCUGGAAGGAAGUCAUGUAGGUCAAGGCCUUUUGUGGAGGAGGGUCUUUACCGAUAAGGACGUCUAUGGCUCGUUUUUCAGAAUUUGCAGCCUUCAGACCGAUUCAGCCCUUAGCCUAUCAAAAUACCAACGUACCCAAGCUCAGGCAAGGCUAUUUGUUCUUCUGGUGAGGGCCGCAAAGAUACGUUGGGACAUCAUUUCAACAUCUCAGAUUCCGGAUAUCGAAACCAAAUACCGAAGCACCAGUCUGCUACAUUUCGCAACGAAUGAGAUGGUUGAGGAGAAAGAUGGCCUGAUGCAGAACUUGCUGCUUCAAUUUUACCGUGACUUGCUGGAGAUAGACGCGCCUGGUCUCGUCGCUCGAAGUCAUGUGCAGUCCACUUCGACCUUUGCAUCCCCUGCUCUCGAAUUCCUGAUUGAACACAAGGUGCACUCCAAAGUGUUGACAGACUAUCUAGAUGGGUCACGGCUAGAUCCAGUGGAUCUCAUUUAUAUGUCCCGUUCAAUUGUGGCAUAUGUCGCUCGGUAUGCUGAGCUUUAUCCAAACCACCUACUGCGAAGCCCAAAUUCGCUAGUCGAUGGAAUUAUAUCUCGCAUCAACAGAUCCCUCGCCAUUCCCGCUCUCCAAUAUUCAUCACGCGAAGGAGUCCCUUCGGAUGACCUGGCUAUUCUGGCCUCACUCCCCCGACCUCUUCUCGUAGAAGCAGGCAAACACGGCGCCAAUCCUCUACUGGCAAUCCCCACCAAUCCUGCAAAUGCCCAAGUUCUCGAUGUGCUCGCGCGCAUAUUCCACGGACCAGAGCGAACCAAUUUGUCCCAGUCAAUGGACCUGAAUACAUCUGGCCAGACACCAACUGAUUGGGACCAUGAAGCUGCUGCAGCACGCAUUCUUUACUUUCAAUAUCUCAACCAACACCCCAAUUUUUGGGACGAUGUCGUCAGCGCUUCCGAGGUUCUAGUCAUGCCAGACGUCGCUUUGUCGGCUCACACAUUGAUGCGGGCCAUUGCUACUGCGAACUGGCAGCCGUUGACCUCAGCCUCCCCUCACCCCCACGCGUCACGAUUCCAGCUGCCAUCCGAGGAGGAGCUGAGUCGAGUCUCUCCAGCAAAUAUUGGAUUAUUGCCUUCUUCGGGUGCAUGGUCAAUACUCACCCCACCUGCUUUGACUACCCUUCUCCCAUAUCUUUUCAAACCUCCCAAGACAUACGCCGACUUUGUUGGGGGCGGCGCAUCUGAUGCCCAUGGAGUUGUUUGGAAAGUAGCCACUGCUAAGCAUGAUGUUCUCGUCUCGUUGCUCAACCGGCUGCAAGAAUCGGAUGGACGUCCAGACGGAUUCGAUGAUAUCGUUGGCGCCUUGCAAAAGCGUGUGAACGAGGGUCCAUGGGGCCCUGUUCAAAGUUCCGGCACUCAAGUGUUGACUGCUGGACUUUAA